CUCUCCUCUCCUUCUCACCCCCCCUCCUCCUUUUGGCAGCAGCACUCUCAUAUUAUUGGUGUACUGGCUGCUGGUGUAUUCCGUAUUUACUCUCAGGAAGACCCCUCCCUCAGCGACAUGCAACCCGACCUGCAGGUGAACAGUUCAGCCGCAGCUUCCCUGUUUCCUCCUCACACUCCGGCUGGAACACUUGCGGAGGGCAAACGAUGCGCUUCGCUCCAAAAAAAGAGCCAAGUUGCCUGUAGGAUUUUAGGAUUCACAUACGGGACGCGGACCCGAAUCGCGUCCGGAGAGCGCGUCUGGAGGUGAAUGCGAAGGCAGACGAGGUGAUGGUCUGAACUGGCAGCAGUGUGGGCGUAAAGUGUCAUAUUAGCCAUCCACUAUCAGAGGCUUGUAAACCUGACAUGUGUACACCCAGUGAGAAAGUAACCUGAGAUCCCAUCCUGAGGGAGUACCAGGAUGUGUCCCACUGCAUCAAAGCUUUUGGGCAAGAUCAACGUUGGAGGCAGCUGUUGCAACCCUGUCGCUGCAGCCUUGCUGCUCUCCCUGUGUCUUGGCUUCCCUCGCUCUGUGGCCACUUGCCCACCCUACUGUCUUUGUACCAGUGAUAUAAUUUCAUGCAGCGGCCGCAAUCUGUCCGUGCUGCCCUUUGAUCUCCCAGGCUAUGCCACACGGUUGGACCUGAGCCACAAUGCCCUCACUGUCCUGCCUGUGGACUGGAUUUCCCGACCGUUUGACCGGCUUGCUACACUGGUUCUCAGCCGAAACUCCAUAAGCCAAAUUGAGGCGAACGCCUUCGCUGUGAUGCCGCAUCUCCUCCACCUGGACCUCUCUUCCAACCAGCUAACAGUGCUGAACUCAUCCAUCUUCACUGGGUUGAAGGAACUGAAAGAGCUGCUGCUGUUUGGCAACCAGAUCACCCAGAUUAACCCAGGGGCCUUCAGUGAUCUUCACAGCCUACAGAGGCUCUACCUCUCUGGGAACAAACUGAUGGCGUUCCCUCUGGGGCUUUAUUGGGAACCUGGAUCGCCUCGUAAUCUGACCUUUCUCGAUCUGUCAUACAACAAGCUCUCCGUGGUGCCCGUCCAGAACCUGCUGUCUCUCACCCAGCAAGAUGGAAUUUAUUUGCAGGAAAACCCUUUGGUCUGUGACUGCGCUUUACUCGCCUUGUUGGAGUACUGGAUGUGGAAACAGUAUCGCCCCCUGGUGGACUUCAGAGAUGAAUAUCCAUGUAGAGACGAUUCAGGACCAGGGUCUGAAUGUAGCCAGCAGGUAGUGUUAGAUAUGCCCCUUGAGGCACAGACUUACCAAGUAGAGCCUGGUAAAUGGCUAAGAGUGCCAUGUCCAGGAUUUGCUUCUCCAGCCCAAGGGGGGCUGGUGGUGUUCUGGGUUACCCCAAAGACUGUGGUGAAUUCAUCAACCAAUGAUCCGGAUGACCACAUAAUAGUUUUCCCCAAUGGCACCCUUGAAAUCCGAUCAGCCGUGAUGGAGGAUUCUGGUAUGUAUGGGUGUGUGACAGCACGCAGGCGCCACUAUGACCCCAGUGAGUCUCUGGAGGUCAGCAUAGUGGUAGGAAACUUAAGCAGUACCUCCACCAGCGGCUUGGCACACCGCAGUGGUGCCGAGCAUUUCAACACAGCAUUCACCACCCUGGCUUCCUGCGUGGUCAGCAUCAUACUAGUGCUGCUCUACCUCUACCUCACUCCAUGUCGAUGCCGGGAAAGCCGGGGCGGGGGAACGAGAGGGUGUGGCGGACGAGCCAUCAUCCUCUGUUCAGACCCCAGAGAGGUAGAGUCAGGACAGCGGAGGUCAAAUGGAAAGAGGGUGGCUUUCUUAGAGCCUCAGACGGAGGACUCUGAUAUUGGUGUUCCAAAAACACCAGCAAUGAACUUGGGUCAUGUUACCACUGAGGGAAUUCUCAAGAAUGGAAGUAGGACAGUGGGACAGGCCCUCAUAGACCCUGCUCACGUGGCAUAGCAAGAAGAUUACCUUUUGCACAUUCCUGUAUUCUUACAGUCUGAACCCAAGUGUUUUUUUCAUUGUCUUGUUUCAGUACAUAAUGAGAAAAUCCAUUUAAUGUAAAGUAGUGUACUGUGAUUCUUGUGAAGUAGGUUUGCGCCGUAGGGUUUGGGUGUUUGGUCUGAAGCUGAAAAUGCAGCCCUAUCGUGGGCAGAAUUUCAAUUAUGUCUCGACUGUAAGUGGUGUCUGUUUUCUAUAAGAGGAGUUCAUAUGGAAAUUUGACUGUUAACGCUGGAAAUUGUUACUGCAAAGAUCACAAAGAUCAUAUAAAUGUGGGUGGUGUUUUAAAUUGGGCUCAGAGGAAUAUGCACACCUGUCUUGAUAAGCUGCUAGAGGCAUUGAUGGUUAUUAUACAGUAUAUGCAUUGUGAAUAUUGGCAGUGACCCUUGUUAUUUUUAACCAUCUGUCUCUGUGCUGUGGAACUUUUUCAUGUUUCAUUUUCAAAACAUGUGUGUCGUGUGUGCAAUUAUCUAAACUGUUGUUUUGCCAGACCGCUACACACCCUAUUCAAAUGAUGUUAAUCAAAUAUAACCCUGUGGAAGUUCCUGUUUAAAAAGCAAAAAGAAACAAUACAAAGUAAGACAUAGACUAGCCUAAUGUGUUGUUAUUAGGUGAAACCUAGAACCUAGAAAAUGUUUACUUUGCAGAAAUACAGACUGGUGUUUAGUUGGAUGAAAAUCCAUUUGAUGAACUCAAAUGUGGUGGAAUUCUCUUGGAGGGGUGGUCCAUCCAGAUUGGUUUCCCUUACCCAUGUGUAUUUGCUUAGGUUUUUCUAUAUCAAUCUGAGAUUUCUGUCUCCAUCCCAAUACAGUGGAGGUGAAUUGAAUUUUGGUUGUGUUGUUCUUAACACUGAAAAUUACAUUUAAAGCUGCAUUAAUCAAUGGGUCAAAUGACUUGUGCAAUGUGAAUAUAAUUACUCAAAGUGAUGAACAAACUAAGAAUUACAACCCGAUUACACUGUUCUCCUCAGCUCUCUGGAGCAUUUUAGUGCCUUUCAGCUCAUUGUUUUGGCUUAACAGGCCGAAGCUUUACUGUUGUAGCUCAUCAACCCUAUUUCCAGCCACAGAAGGCAGCUAUUCUCAGCAAACAGCACCAAUAAACCUACUCUACGCCGCUCGCUCAGCAGCAAAUGGCAGACAGAGAAAGAUAGCGACUAGCUGGUGAACAUAACAACAAAACUAAACUAAAAAAAGAGUAAAUACUGGGCCAGAAACAUGGCUCCAAAUGUAUGCUAAUGUUGCUCUGUGUCUGCUGAAUGUAUAAAUAGGCAACAGUUUGCCAACAUGUACAGCAUUUUAACUUAAUUAGAUGAUAAUAUGUCACUGUUGUUUACAGCUUGUUUCACUGCCCCAAGUGACUAAAAAAAUCUAUUAAUACUGUCUUAAAAUAAUUAGCAUUCAAAUUAUGCAAUGUCAGGCCAAACGCAUAAUCCACAGACCUCACUGAGCAGUUUUCUUUGAAACUUCUGUCUAGUGAAGUAAAUUGUCCUUUCAAAAACUGUUGUCUUGUGGAUCAUCCAGGCCACAUACAACCAUAUCGUCCACAAUGCACUGUGCUACAAUGCUCAGAAUCUCACUCACUUGCUUUUAAAAAGUGCAGGAAGAUAAACAUACUCACUUAAAAGUAACUAGAAAUUUGCAUUUAAAGGUUAUUUUCCAAAAAAUAAAUCCAGGGUGAGCAUGGCCCUGGAUGCCCCUACUUUUUCUGGGUUUUCUCUACCCACACAAGUUUGUUACAGAAAGAAUAACAUCAAAAUAAAUGUGUUUGACCAUAAUCAAAAUUCCAUUGACAUUCAUUGUAUUGGGGUGGAGGCAAAUAAAAACCUGUAUGGCUACAUAUAAGACUUUAAUCUGACUUCAACCAGCAGAUAUAUAUUAAAUAACUACCGUUAUUUGAGCACUAUAUAAAAAAAAAAUAGUACUAUGUUGACACCGUGGAAAAAUCAGUCCACAGAGGUGUCAGAGUAUAGGUCUAGACCAGCUCACCUGGAGCUGGUUUGGAUUGACACUUGGACACAUGUCAACCUGAUCCCUGUUCAUCCUGUGAAAAACGGACUUCUCUGCUACCCCUCCACCUUGUUACACCGACCCACAGCUUUACAAACAGCAGAUUCCCGGAGGAAUUGAUCCUUAUCUGUUCAGACAGGAGCGGAGUUUGGGCUCUGCGAUGAAGCCUCACUCAGCCCAGAUUAGUGUCACAGAAAUCAGGAGGUUUGCCGGCUUGCCCCAAGCCCACCGUGACCCACAUUCCCCUGUCCUCCCUUUAUUUGGUUUUUAUAGGUGUGUGGAAUAAGUUUCUGUGGCCGUACAUGUCCAUGCUACCAAUGUCAGAAUAUUAACUUGUUAAAGUUUGCUCUGCUCUAUUAGACGCAGGAUCAUUUUAAGUAGAGCAGUGAAGGUAACUCUUUGUGAGGACUUCAAGGACUGAUAUUUUUAGGUAUGAAAUAAAAUGUUUCAAUUUGGA